CCGAUCUGCAGGAAUUCGCAUGAGCACAAGAGAGCCAAGGCUGCUAGUGUGCAGGGAUAAAGACAACACGAGCGGCUCCUUUGUGUUGAAUGGAGGAACCCGGGCCCCAGGCGCGGAAAUAAGCCCUGGGAGCGACUACUCUUUGAAAGGGGGGUGGGUCACGUCCAUGUACGCGAGCAUGGGCCUAUUCAGCAAGCCCUCCUGAAGAGUUUUGACAGCCUGGGCCUUCCAGCUGGCAAAGUCGGGUUCCUGUUACAGGCGUGGCUCCUGGCAAGCCGCCGCCCGAAACAGUGAGAUCACAACGGCAGAGGAAGAAAGCGUUAGGCGGCUGCAAAAACAGUUUCCUAGGCGCCGGCGUUUUACAGCCUUGCAAGCAGCAGAAUGUUGUCCCGCAGAUGGUUUUCGUUGAGCAAGGCCUGUCCUGCCAUGACUAGAAUGCUGACUUCAUCUACCAGAGGCUCCCAGGCUACUCUUGAUAUGGAAGAAGGGCAUUCACCCAUUCAUGUGAAUAAUGUACGAAGCAAAUUACGAGAGAUAGUAGGAGCGAGUACCAAUUGGAGAGACCAUGUGCAAGCCAUGAAUGAAAGGAAAAGUUUAAGCACUCUCUUAGCUAAAAACCAAGCUGACCUACCUCCUAGGAAAAUGAGUGACAGCUACAUAGAAGUUAUCCUGCCUUUAGGAAGUCAGCCAGAAAUAAGAGAGAAGUAUCUGAACGUGCACAACUAUGUCAGGUUUGGACGAAUUCUUGAAGAUCUUGACAGUUUAGGAGUUCUCAUUUGUUAUACUCACACAAAACAAGAAGGGACUCAGAAAUCUCCUUUAUCAAUCGUUACAGCAUUGGUGGAUAAAAUUGGGUUGUGGGAGCAGCACAUUCAUCCCGAUCUUGAUAUCAAGUUCACUGGAAAUGUUUCAUGGGUAGGAAAAACAUCCAUGGAAGUGAAGAUGCACAUGCUUCAGUUACUUAAUGGUGUCUAUUGCCCCGUGUUAGAUGCAACUUUUGUCAUGGUGGCCCGAGAUCCAGAAAAUAAAAGGCCAGCGUUUGUGAAUCCAUUGAUUCUUGAAACUCCAGAGGAAGAAAACAUAUUCAAGGAAGGAGAACUGAACAAGGUCAGAAGAAUUGAUUCCUCUCGGGCCUCCUUGCUAAAAAUGGCUCCUACUGCAGAUGAAAGAAACAUUAUCCACAACUUAUUCCUUAAUACACUGGACUCAAGAACGGUGAGUUUUCGUAGUCGCUUGUUGCCACCCAACUCCAUGUGGAUGGAAGAUACAAAAUUGAAGAGUUUGGAGAUUUGCCAUCCUCAGGAACGUAACAUUUUCAACAGAAUCUUUGGGGGAUUUCUCAUGAGAAAGGCAUAUGAACUUGGAUGGGCUUGUGCCUACAGCUAUGGAAAUAUCAGGCCUUAUGUGGUAGCCGUAGAUGAUAUUAUGUUUCAAAAACCAGUUGAAAUUGGAUCAUUAUUACUACUUUCUUCUCAGGUAUGCUAUACUGAAAAAAAUUACAUCCAGGUUCGGGUGCACAGUGAGGUUUAUGAUCCAGAUACCAGAGUACACCAUACCACAAAUGUCUUCCAUUUCACUUUUAUGUUAGAUAAGGUGAUACCAGAUGUUGUCCCCAAGACAUAUGGUGAAUCGAUGCUGUAUUUGGAUGGGAAGCGGCAUUUUGAUUCAGCUAUGAAAGAAGACAGUGCAUAAUAAGAGCACAGCACCAUAGCAAAAUGCUACAUUUGGAAAGAGGUUUACUUCAGGCAUGCUGCUUACCAGAAGGAGAUGAGAGAACAUUUUUACUCUUAAAAUAGUAUCAUGAAAGCAGAAUCCUCCAAAGCACAGGUUUCUAUCCAAAUUUUGUUACUACUUUUUAUGCAGGUUAAUUUGUUAUUUACUGUAUUGUAGGUUAAUUUAUUUAUUAUAUUUUAUGCAUGCCUUCCUUUUGUGCAAAAGAAUUAAUAUAGUACUGUAACCAUCACAAGUCAUUGGCAAAAUGAAGAAAGGUAAUUCCAUGAAACUAGCAGUGAAAGUCAUCAAAUACGAAGGUGGAUGAAAUCUUCCAGUUUUUUUGGUUCAGAGGAGGUAUCUCCAUUGAACUUAAUUUACGUUUGCCUUUAAGCAUUUACUACCACUGACUUGUAGAGGCUUACAGGUCAAUUCAGAUGCAUUAAGGCCUUUAUGCUGCCUUAUGUAGCAUCUCAUCCAUGGGGUGUCCAUUCUAAAAGAGAUGAUAAAAGCUCCUCUAAGGUUAAAGGCCUUCAUGACCCUGAUGGCACAUAUUUCUACCAAUCCCCUGACUUGUGGUAGGACUGUAAAUGUUGCUCCAUAGCUUAAAACCAACAAACAGACAGACAGACAAACUGUGUGAGUAGCUGUUGCCUGGGCCAAAUCCAGAUCGGGUCAGACAGGAAUUUUUUCGAAGGAACUAUAGGCAGGUAUGGCUGCCACAGAAAGUUUAUUGCAACUUUCUCAAACUAAGCAAGAACGUCUCAUGAAUUCAGUCUUUGAUGCACUCUCAGCCAGAUACAAAAACACUUUACUGAAAAUGUGUAUAUUUUACAUUUUAUAUAUACAAUAAAUAUAAGUGUGUAUGC